AUGAGGUGUGAAUAAGAUUAGAAUGAAAAUCUGUAUCAGAUUUUGGCUUCAGCUAAAGAUUUUGAUACACAUGUCUACAGUUUUAUUAUUAAAAUGUUAGAGAGAGACAAUAUCACAGAUUGUCUCAAGUAUUUUUCAAGCACAAAAAAUUUGGAACCAAAUGGAACUAAAAAUUUUUAAGUCUUAGCUAGUGUAAUCAAAAAUAUUAGUGAAAUUGAUUUUUUCAAGGAGAAUUACUCUUCAGAAAAAAAAAAAUUCAUUAGGAAAGAUUUGAUUUAAAAGAUAUCUCUGGAUAAGAACAUCAUUGAAUUUUUGAAAUUCCUAGUUCGUCUGACAGCUAUUGAUGACACAUUUAUCUAAUGUGGAUCCAAUUCGCUCAAUUUAUUAGUAGAGAUGAAGGCAGAUGUAAGAGAACAAAACUUUGAAAAUAUCAGGAUGAGAGAUACCUCUUUAAUUGGUGGAAAUUUUUUAAGAUGCAAUUUGAAUGGAUCCAAUUUUGAUAAUGUACACAUUGAUGGAGUGAACUUGAAUGGAGCCUUAUUGUUUAAUUGUAAAUGGACUAAUAUUAAAAUACAUUAAUUACAUAAAUUAGAAGGUCAUAAAUAUAGGGUUAAUUCAAUAUGUUUCUCUCCUGAUGGUACUACAUUAGCAUCUGGCAGUAUGGAUAACUCAAUCCGCAUAUGGGAAAUUGAAACAGGGAAAGAAUACGAGCAAUUUGAUGGUUAUAAUAUGGAAGUGAAUUCAGUUUGUUUCUCUCCUGAUGGUACUACAUUAGCAUCUUGCGGUGAUGAUAACUCUUUCUGUUUAUUAGAUGCUAAGACAGGAGAAGAAAAAGCAAGAUUUUAUGGUCAUACUUGUAGUAUUAAUACAGUCUGUUUCUCUCCUAAUGGUACAACAUUAGCAUCAGGCAGUGAAGAUAAAUCCAUCCGUUUAUGGGAUGUUUAGACGAGAUAAGAAAAAGUUAAAAUAGAUGGUGAUAGGGCUGUAUUGUCACUCUGUUUCUCUCCUAAUGGGACUAUAUUAGCAUCUGGCAGUUUUGAUAACAUUGUUCGUUUAUGGGAUGUUAAGACAGGGUAAUAAAUAGCUAUUUUAGAUGGUCAUACAAACUGUGUAAAUGCAGUCUGUUUUUCCCCUGAUGGUACAAUAUUAGCAUCUUGUAGUUAUGAUAACUCUAUUAGGUUGUGGGAUGUUAAAUUAAGGUAAUAAAAAGCUAUUUUAGAUGGUCAUAUAAGUUGCGUAAAUUCAGUCUGCUUUUCUCCUGAUGGUGCUACAUUAGCAUCCGGCAGUUUCGAGAACUCUCUCCGUUUAUGGGAUGUUAAAACAGGAUAAUAAAAAGCCAUUUUAGAUAGUCACACUAAAGGAAUUAAAUCCGUCUGUUUCUCUCCUGAUGGAAACAUAUUAGCAUCAGGCAAUUAUGAUAAUUCUAUCGGUCUAUGGGAUGUUAAAAGAGAAUAUUACAAAACCAUUUUAGAUGGUCACACUGACAAAAUUAACUCUGUCUGUUUCUCUCCUGACGGUAAUACAUUAGCAUCAGGCAGUAACGAUAAGUCUAUCUGCUUAUGGGAUGCAAAGACAGGAUAAAAUACAGCUAAACUUGAAGGUCACAAUAACGGAAUAACAUCAGUCUGUUUCUCUCCUGAUGGAAUCACAUUAGCAUCUGGUAGUAAGGACAACUCUAUUCGUUUAUGGGAUGUUAGGACAGGAUAAUAAAAAGCCUAUUUAGAAGGUCAUACUAGUUGUAUUAAUUCAGUCUGUUUUUCUCCUGAUGGUGCUACUUUAGCAUCUGGUAGUAAGGAUAACUCAAUCAUAUUUUGGGUUGUUAAAACAGGAUAAUAAAAAGCUAUUUUAGAUGGUCACACUAACGAAAUUAAAUCAGUCUGUUUCACUCCUGAUGGGACCACAUUAGCAUCUGGUAGUAAGGACAAAUCUAUUCGUUUAUGGGAUGUUAGGACAGGAUAAUAAAAAGGCUAUUUAGAAGGUCAUACUAGUUGUAUUAAUUCAGUCUGUUUUUCUCCUGAUGGUGCUACUUUAGCAUCUGGUAGCAAGGAUAACUCAAUCAAUUUAUGGGAAGUUGGAACAGGAUAAUUAUAAGGAAAUUUAGAUGGUCAUUAUAAUGAUGUCAUAUCAAUCUGUUUUUCUCCUGAUGGAACCACAUUAGCAUCUGGUAGUAAGGACAACUCUAUCCGUUUAUGGGAUGUAAGAACAGGCUAAUAAAUAGCCUAAUUAAAAAAUCAUAUUAAUUCUAUUAAUACAGUCUGUUUUUCUCCUGAUGGUGCUACUUUAGCAUCUGGUAAUAAGGAUAACUCUAUCCGUUUAUGGGAUGUAAAGACAGGAUAAUAGUAAGCCAAAUUAUACGGUCAUAUUAAUUCUGUUAAUUCAGUUUGUUUCUCUCCUGAUGGUACUAUAUUAGCAUCUGGUAGUCUCGAUAUGUCUAUCCGUCUAUGGAAUGUUACGACAGGAUAAUAAGACCUCCAAUUAUAUGGUCACACUUAUGGGAUAUUGUCAGUAUGUUUCUCUCCUGAUGGAACCAUAUUAGCAUCUGGCAGUUAUGAUAUGUCUAUUCUUUUGUGGGAUGUUAGGACAGGGUAAUAAAAAUCUAAAUUAGAUGGCCACACUAGUUGUAUUACGACAGUCUGCUUUUCGCCUGAUGGUACUACAUUAGCAUCUGGUAGUUAUGAUAACUCUAUAAUUUUGUGGAAUGUGAAGACAGGAGAAAAAAAAACUAUAUUAGACAAUCAAACAAACUAAAUAACAUCAGUCUGUUUUUCUCCUGAUGGAACCACUUUAGUAUCUGGUAGUAGAGAUAAUUCCCUCUAUUUAUGGGAUGUUAAGACAAGACUAUAAAAAGGCAAAUUCGUUGGUCAUACUAAUUCUGUUAAUUCAGUCAGUUUCUCUUCUAAUGGUAUUACAUUAGCAUCUGGUAGCGAUGAUAACUCCAUCAUUUUGUGGGAUGUUAAGACAGGUUAAUAAAAAGCUAUUUUACAUGGUCACACUAGUGAAAUUACAUCAGUUAGUUUCUCUCCUGAUGGAACAACUUUAGCAUCUGGCAGUUACGAUACGUCUAUCCGUUUAUGGAAUAUUAAGACAGAAUAAUAAUAUGCCAAAUUAAGGGGUCACACUAACGGAAUAUUGUCAGUCUGUUUCUCUCCCGAUGGUACUACAUUAGCAUCUGGUAGUUAUGAUAACUCUUUUCUUUUAUGGGAUGCGAAAACAGGAUAACAAAAAGCCACAUUAUAUGGUCAUAUGAACAAUUCUUAUUCAAUCUGUUUUUCUCCCGAUGGUUAGGUAUUGGCACAAAGCAGUGGAAACAACUUUACCGACAUUUGGGACAUAAAAACAGGAUAACGAAUUUUUCCUUAAGAUAAUCUUUACAAAGAAAUUUAGGCAAAACUUAAUGUCCCAAUAGUCCAAACCAACAUACUUUCAAAGAGUAUGUAUCUUCACAUUAUUUAGCUCCUCUGAUUAUUAUCAUAAUGAUACUAUCACAAUAGUUAAUAUUUUAGUCUUAAGGUGCUCUAAUCUUGAGAGGAUAAUUUAUUAAUCAAUUUGGCAUAGACUUAAGGACAUUAUUUGUAUAAGGAGGCAGUUGCAUUUUGGAAAACUAUAUAUAAUCAAAGCAAAGUUGA